ACACUGGUCGAUCUGUUGUUAUUUGCUGAGCAACAGCAGCUCAUGCGAGCAACGAAUCAUCUUAGAAAGUAAGACACUGCUUGCGUUGCGAACCGUCUCGAAAGCAAGGUACGGAUGAGUUUAGGGAGUGGGAAACCUAGCGCUGGUUUUUAGCGUCACUGGUGUGCGCACUUUCUCCGUCAGAGCACUCACUCCAUAAGGCCCUCAAGUGAAGCAGUCGGUGCGUUUCGAGAGCACCAAUCCGGAAUCACCAGGUUUGGAUUCGGAGUCCAUAGACGCGUCCACAGGCGUUCUUACCGAAUCCUUGAGUGUCCUUCGGCGUCGCCAGGUGUUGUCAGGCGUCGCCAGGUGUCCUUCGGCGUCGCCAGGUGUACUUAGGCGUCGCGAGGCGUCCUUUGGCGUACGGCUCAAUGAGCCUAGCGCUUGGCUUCCGCAGCUUAAGCUUUAGGCUUCCCGCCUUACGUACCACAGCCAUCCGCCUUAGCUAUUCGCGCCCGACCGUCGUCGCUGUAACUCGUUUAGGUCACAGCCGUCGUUGUCACGCCCGCUGUUGUCGCACCCGUUGUUGUCACACCCGUUCUGUCACACAGCAUCAGAGCGCAACCUCGCUACAAGCAGCCGUGCGAUUUACCCGACCAGCAGGAAUCACUGCUCUCCACCGCGCAGCACCUCUUCAGGGAUCGCCAGCCGUCCGUCGAUUGCCUUCAGUUCGUAAGCCUCUAGCGUCUCACCACUCACCAGUCGAUCAUCAACUAGCAACCGUCAACAAACGGCUAGCCAGCAACCAGCUACCAGCCACGAUGAAGUCAGGACAGGGAGGCGGCGGUUCAAAGAAGCCUGGAGUUACUGCCGCAGACAGUCGCGGCCAACGGUCGAUAGCCUCGUUCUUCGGAGGCAAGGACCAGUCAGGACCCGGGGGGAAGGCUUUACCUGGGGGCGGCCAGAGGUCGAUCUCCUCGUUCUUUGGCGCGAGAGGGAAGGCUGGUGCUGGUGGUGUGGGUAAAUCCGAGGUCGAGGGUUCGAGUCCCAGUGCGGUAGUUAAGGCAAGCGAGGAGGUGAAGGGAACAACAGCGAGGGAAAGCCAGGCUCUGGAGGCAGGAGCAGCAAAAAGGCCAGUACCCACUCAGACUGGUAAUGCCGUUAAAAACGGGGAUGGAGCAGUGGCUACUGCAGGAAAAGAAGAUACCCGCCCAGAGCAGGCAGGGGCGGAGGAAUGGGUGGAAGAGAUGAUGGAGGCGGAGGUAGUAGAGGGAGGGGGAAGCGCAGGGGGAAGCGCAGGGGGAGGAACAGGGGGAGCUGUGACCGACGGAAGUGGCUCCAGGCGGCUAAAACGCCUGAGGAAGGUUGGGGAUGGGGCAAGGGGAAUGGAGAAGGGGAGAGGGGAAGGGGGAGGUGAAGGAGACGGGAGUGGGGUGGUGGGGGGAGGGACAGGGGAGGUGGUAGAAGGUUCCAAGAAGGCAAGACAGGAAGCGGGGAGUGAGGCGGCUGGAGGAGGUCAGGCAGGGGAGAAAGCCGCUGCUGCUGUUGCUACUACUGCUGCUGCCGCCGCUGCUGGUGCUGCUGCCAAAGCUUCAGCGUCUGCUGUCGCUUCUGCCGCUGCUGCUGCGUCUGCUGCAGCUGUAGCCGUUAGAGGGGCUUCUGCCGGAGCUGUGACCCUUAAGGCAGCAGCUGGCGGCAGAGGGAGGAAAAAGACAGCAGCCGCCACAUCUGGUAAGGCUGCAGCGGAUGCACCUGCUGCUGAUUCCACCGACGCUGCUACUACUGGCACUGAUGCUGCUGCCACCGCUGAACCAGGAACUGAAGGCGGUGCGAAGAGGAGGACCAGACGCAGGACCAGCAGCCAAAGCAGCAGCAGCAGCAGUGACAGCAGCGGCAGUAGUGGGAGCAAGGGUGGGGCUGCAUCUGCGAUUAGUAGGAGCACCAGUGACGGUGCUGACGUGGACAGUGACGUGGACAGCGCCAGCAGUGACCUGGUGGAGGCUCCUGCUGACGCCGCAGCAGGAGCGGAGGAGGCCAAAUCCGCAUUCGACUCCCUGAAGCAGGGGAAACAACCCACGGAGAAGAAGGCCAAGAGAAAGACCAGGGGGAAGGGGGCGGGAGCAGGAGCAGGGGCAGCGGGAGGGGUUGGCGAUGGGUUGGUGGCGUUAGCAGCAAAGCUGGUGCAGUACGACCCUGUGGCUGCAGCAACGUGGAAGAGCGGAGAGAGAGUGCCCUUCCUCUACCUCGCCCAGGCGCUAGGCAGAAUAUCCAACGAAUCUGGACGGCUGGCGAUCACAGAGAUCAUGACCAACGUCUUCCGCACAGUCAUGGCCACAUCGCCAGAGGAUCUGCUGCCAAUCGUGUACCUGGCGGCCAAUCGUGUGGCGCCACCUCAUGAGGGCGUGGAGCUGGGGAUUGGCGAUGCCACUAUCAUCCGCGCUUUGGCCGAAGCUACUGGCAGAAAAGAGGCUACAGUCAAAUCGGAGUACAAGGAGUGUGGCGACCUGGGUCUAGUGGCGAAGGCCAGUCGCACCACCCAACGUAUGAUGAUGCAGCCAGCGCCCCUCACCUGCCAUAAGGUCUUUGAGGCCUUCCGCUUCAUUGCUAAGGAAUCCGGCACUCAGAGCCAGGAGAAGAAGCGGGCACGGAUAAAGCAGUUAUUGGUGUCGGCGAGGCAGGAGGAGCCGCAGUUCAUAGUGCGGCUGCUGCAGGGCAAGAUGCGCAUCGGCCUGGCGGAACAGACCGUGCUGGCCGCGCUGGCACAGGCUGCUGUCAUGCACGAGGACUUCCGAGAAGGGGGUGGCGCUGCUGGUAACAGUGCUGCUGCUGCUGCUGGUGCUGGUGAUAGUAAUGGUGGUGGUGCUGCUGCUGCAGUAGAUGCUGCAGUGGGGAGAGGGGAGGAUGGGGCCAUGGAGGUGGGAGGGGCCGAGGGGGAUGGACAGGGGCAGCAGAGUCAAGGGGGGAAGGUGCUUUCCAAGAGGGAGAGAUUGGCUCGACUGCCGGGAAGGCUGGAAGAGGCAGUGCGAAUCAUGAAGCACACCUACUCGGUCCUGCCAGUCUACGACCGGGUCAUCCCAUCCCUUCUAAAAGAUGGCAUCUGGGCCGUGCCUGACCACUGCCGGUUCACCCUGGGGGUGCCGGUGGGGCCGAUGCUGGCGAAGCCGACGCGGGGCAUCUCAGAGAUCCUGGACAAGCUGCAAGGCCUCACGUUCACGUGCGAGUACAAGUACGAUGGGGAGAGGACGCAGGUGCACGGCUUGGAGGACGGGUCAGUGCAGAUCUACAGCCGCAAUGCCGAGUGCACCACGGGGAAAUUCCCAGACCUCGUGCAGGCUGUGCAGAGGCACAAGAAGGCCCACGUGAAGACCUUUGUGCUGGAUGCAGAGGCAGUGGCGUACGACAGGGAAAGUGACAAGAUCCUGCCCUUCCAGGUGCUCAGCACGCGCGCGAGGAAAGGCGUGAUCAUGGGCGACAUUAAAGUGCAGGUGUGCAUGUUCGCGUUCGACCUGCUCUACCUCAACGGCCAGCAGCUGCUGACAGAGAAGCUCGUGCGCCGGAGAGAGCUGCUGCUCGGGUCAUUCGAGCCCGUCAAGGGCGAGUUCCAGUUCGCAACGUCCAUCGCAACUAAUAAAGAGGAGGAGCUGCAAGCGUUCUUUGACGACGCUGUCAACCACAGCUGCGAGGGCGCAAUGGUGAAGACCUUGGAUGUGGAUGCGACAUACGAGCCGGCCAAGAGGAGCAACAACUGGCUCAAGCUCAAGAAGGACUACAUGGAAGGGCUGGGAGACUCCUUGGACCUCGUGCCCAUUGGUGCCUUCCACGGCCGUGGCAAGCGAACAGGUGUCUUUGGCGCCUUUCUCCUCGCCUGCUAUGACCCCGACACCGAGGAGUACCAGUCCAUCUGCAAGAUCGGCACUGGCUUCUCGGAAGCGGCCCUGGAGGAGCGAUCUGCAUCGCUGCGCAAGCGAGUCAUUGACAAGCCGCCUCCCUACUAUCGCUACGGGGAGACGUUAGGAGUGGAAGUGUGGUUUGAGCCCUCAGAGGUGUGGGAGGUGCGGGCGGCGGAUUUGUCCAUUAGUCCCGUGCACCGGGCUGCAGCGGGGCACGUGAAUGAGACAAAAGGGAUUGCUUUGCGCUUCCCACGUUUCCUGCGGCUGAGAGAUGAUAAGAGCGCGGAGCAGGCAACCUCUAGCGAACAGGUAGCUCAGAUGUACCAAGCGCAGAAGAUCAACCAUGUAGGGGGCGCCAAGGAUGACUAGAACCUGCCAAUCUCAGCAGAGCCCCUGGAAAGGACUCGCAUUUUACAAGUGGAUUCAAUGCAUUGACGCACAGACCUGACCAAACCCAAUACUGAAGAACUGGAUCUUCCAGAGUAGCA